AAACCUCAUUUACCCCCCUCAGUCACAAUUUGCUCUCCCAGAGCUGCCUAUUCCCACAAGAACUCCGUAACCUUGUAGUGAACUUUGUCAUAUCAGCAAAGCACCCUCCUACUUUCACUCAUUCCUUCCCCAAUCCUCCUUUCUUCCCUUCCUCCAUAACUUCAUCUCCCUUCUGUAUCCAGCUCGACAGUCUGCUCUCUCUGCCUUCACGGCCUCAGGAUCCCCUAUACUCUCUGCAGAAUCCCUCACUCCCACUCACUGUCUCCUCUGCUUCUCCCUUUUCCUCCUUCUUCUGCUCCUCUCCCUCCUCCCUACUUCCCUAACCUCUCCCCCCCCCCUCCGUCCCUGCUCUCCUCCCCUCUCUCCCUCUCUGGAGGGCUGGGAUCUAAUCCCUUGAUGAUAUCAGUCUGAGGAUUUCAAAAGAAGGAAACUUUCCACAACAGUCUGUCCACAGAGGAGAGGAGACUGUCAAGGGCAGCAGGCAAAGAAGAAAAAGCCAGAGAGGGGAGGAAUUGCCCUGGCAUAGAGGAGAGGUGGGGGCAAGAAGUGUGGAUGAGACCUGGAUAUAACCAUUUGUUGGAUGGUUGCGAAAGGUGGAACCCAGAAGAUUACAGAGAACUUGGCGGGCACUAGGUAAGAAGAGAAGGAAGACAUUGAGCAGUGGGGAAGAAUAGACAAUUGGUGAUAGAUAAGAGCUAAGAGUAAUGUCAAGUGGGAUACAAAAACCCUGGCAGUAAUCCAGGAUGGUUGCAGAAUCUCUCUGUGUUAUCCAAGGAAUUACAACAGAAGGAACACCUGGAAGCUGUUACAGAUUCGCUCCGGAUUUAUGGGCUAAUUCCAGGAUGAUCUCAGGAUCUGCCGGCGCAAUGUGUGGAAAGAGAGACUGAUCCUUAGCACCACAUAGUCCAAGAUACUGGAGAGGUAUUGGAAGCGGGAAUAUCCGACAAAGGAUAAUUGCCUGGGAUUACUUGAGGAUAACAAGUGUCACCAUCUCCCUUUGGGAAUAUCUGCACAAACACAAAGAAUAUUCUAAAGAAGCGCAGAGAGGACCCUGCGGGAUCCACUUCCCAAACCCUCCUAGUCCCCACCUCUGUCAUUCUGUUUGUGUGGUCUGUCUCUCCCGCUGCCUGUCAUCUGCCACUGUCUCUUCUUUCUCUCUCCUUCACCUGUCUUCUCCCCCCAUUCUUAGUCCUGUUCGUGUCAGGAUGGUUCCACCGGAGCAGGUGAGACUGUGCUCCUGUCCCCUGGGUCUCUCCUUGUGACGUGGAGCCUACAGGGGCAUUGACAAUCCAAAACAACAGAAAUGUCAGACGAGGAGCAGUCCCCUGGAUCCAAACCCGCUCGUGCGAUGGGAAAAGAAAUCACUAUGAAUCCCUUGCAGGAGUGGGGAGAGGAGGUGGAAGAUGGGGGUGUGUAUGGAGUGACCCUGAAAAGAGUGAGAACGGAAAGCCCCUCUGCAGACAUCCCGGCAAACCCAUUGUCUCCUGGCUAUGUCCAUUAUAAGACGUGUAAGGUCCGCAGCAUCCGUGCUGGGACUCUGGAGAAGCUGGUGGAGAACCUCCUGGUGGAAUUCCAGGGCAGCGAUCCUGGGUAUGUGCCCACCUUCCUGAGUACCUACCGUGCCUUUACCUCACCUGAAAAGGUCCUGGAGCUGCUGCUGGACAGGUGUCUGGAAAAAGUCAGUGACAAGGAACCUGUACGCCAUGGAAGCUCGGUUCCAGAGACCGGAACCGUACAGAGGGUGGUCCGUGGCCUCCUCCAGACGUGGUUAGAAAGGCACCCUCAGGACUUCCGUGACUCUCCACGUUGUCUCCAGCUUAUCUCCUCUUACCUAAACCGAGACAGCCGGGAGACCCCCAGCCAGCUGCUUCGCCUCCUCAAAAGCCUAGAAGAUGAGGGGACACAAGACCCCUCAGAGAAGGAGUGGCAACUUAUAACUCGGCCAGCAGAGGGAGACAGUGAGGCCUCUGGGAAUACCAUUACCCUAUUAUCAUACCCGCCCCAGGAUGUGGCAGAGCAGCUUACACUGAUAGAUGUGGAUCUCUUUCAGAAGUUACAGUCCUGCCACUGUCUUGGGAGUAUUUGGUCGCAACGUGACAAGAAGGAAAACAGACAUGUGGCCCCUAGUGUUAGGGCCACUGUUGCCCAGUUCAAUGCAGUGACAGCUUGUGUGACAGCAUCCGUCCUGAGCGACAUCCAGCUGAAACCACAACUGAGAGCAAAAGUGCUGGAGAAGUGGAUUUGUAUAGCACAGUAUUGCAGAUUUCUGCGUAACUUCUCUUCACUCCGAGCCAUUCUGUCAGCCCUUCAGUCGAAUUCCAUCUACCGGCUGAAGCGGACCUGGUCGUCAGUGAGCAGAGACAACCUGAACAUCUUCCAUAAACUAUCCGCCAUCUUCUCUGAUGAUAACAAUCACGAGAUAAGCCGGGAAAUCCUGACAAAGGACGAGAUUCCGCUUCGCAGAACAAACAGUGCUCGCAAUGAGCCACGACCACUUCAGAGGUCGGCUUCACAGGUCCGCUCUACACGACCAGCCCAGGGGACUGUGCCCUACCUUGGGACAUUUCUGACAGAUCUCGUCAUGUUGGACACAGCCCUCCCUGACUACAUAGAGGGUGGGCUGAUAAACUUUGAGAAGAGGCGCAAGGAGUAUGAAGUAUUGGCCAAGAUUCAGAAGCUUCAGCUGACCUGCCGACAUUAUGUCCUGACGCCGAAGCCGGAGAUCUUACAGGCCUUUUAUACCCAUCGGCAGCUGACUGAGGACCAGAGUUACCGGAUUUCUCGUAGCAUUGAGCCCCCUGCGGAUUCCUGCCCCAAUUCCCCUCGUAUCCGCAGGAAACUGACCAAGAGGUUCAGCUCGUUAUUACUGGGCUCGGAAGUAUUUAGUCCCAAGAUGAAUGGUGACAGAGUAUCCCCGUCAGGAUCCUGCAGCAGCUGUGAGAUUGAUGAAGGACUUAUUGCAGCACUGUGCCCUGCGGAGCCGGCCUCAGGCAAACUAACAGAGAGAACAUUGCUGGAACCUUUCAACCUACCCACCACACCACUAAGAGAAGAUGCAGUUGGACCUCUUUCCUCACCCCGCUCCCCAGUUUCCCCCUCCCUACCUGUAUACAACCAGCAGAUUGCUGAUCUCUGUAUUAUCCGUGUCAGCAUGGAGAAUACUCAUGGGAACCUGUAUAAGAGCAUACUGCUCACCAGCCAGGACAAAUCCCGGGUGGUGAUACAGAGGGCGUUACAUAAACAUAACAUAGACCUGUGCGGCCCGGACGACUUCCAGCUGGUGCAGUUAUUAUCAGACGGUAAAGAACUGACCAUCCCGGACACCGCCAAUGUAUACUACGCCAUGAAUACAUCAGCCAACUUUGACUUUGUGCUAAGGAGAAGACGAGUCAGUUGACCUUACAUCCGCCAAGUCCACUAACAUCCAUCUCCACUAUGUGCACUUUCCUGACUUAAUACGCACUGCAAGAUUUUUCUGAAACACCCAAUAAUGACAUUUAUUGACACUGGCAAACAUUAUAAAGUUGCCGGAAACCAUAGCUACCAGUGCUGGAAUCCAUAGCAACCAGACACUUGCUGCCCUUUUCAACUAAACGAUGCAUAGUGGUUGCUAUGGAUACUGCGCCUGUUGCCUGUGCAGCAAGUUUCAUAAACAUCACCCAAAGUGCAAACACCCCAAAUUCAGUAUUAUUCUGUUAAGACGUAUUUAUCUGGAUUUUAGUUUUGCUAGAUAUUUUUAUUUAAAUGAUCUUGGACACAUAUGUUACAAUAGUGGCGACCCAUGAAAAGACAACACAUACAGGGGGAGAUUUACCAAAGCUUGGAGAGAGAUAAUGGGGUCUACGUACUAAGCCUUGGAGAAAAAUACAGUGGAGGGGGAUAAAGUGCCAACCAAUCAGCUGCUGGUAUUUUUCAAACACAGCCUGUAACAUGACAGUUAGGAGCUGAUUGAUUGGUACUUCUCUCUCCAAGCUUUGAUACAACUCCCCCACAUGGAGUACACACGGAGAGCUCUGCUCUGUUCUCUAGGUCAGGAGAGCUAGAGGUGGUGAAAGGACGAUUGCUUUUACUGCUUAUGAUAUUUCAAAGGAUCGACCUGGAUGCGGGUUACGCGGAGCCGGUGUGUGUAGAUUCCUAUCAGGACUGAAUAAAAUAGGGAAGGCACAUCUAGGUAUUAGUAUAUAUAAUAUAUGUAAAUAUAAUGACCAAACGAGACCCCAAAACCACUUUUGAGCCAAGAGGAUGCUUACGGUUAUAGCUGGCUAUAUAUAGUUUAAUAUGAACUAGCUGAUGCCUCCUAGCUGACCUCCCAAUCACCAUAGAGUUACCUUGCACAUCUCCACGUACUGUAUGUGGAGACUCUUUUAUCACGUUGUUUCCCAGUCCCCACUUGAUAUAGGACCACUUGUUUUGUGACCAAAGUGAUUACUAAUGGAUUUCUCGUUAAGAUAUAAGAUCUAACGAGGCUAAUUAUCUUAUUUUCACUCAUUAUGGACCAAAUAACAUGAGCACUAAUAAUGCAAUUAUAAAUAGUUUGACCAAUAAUAUGGCCAACGAUGGGCUUUAAAGUCCAAAUAACGUGACCUCUAAUUACUUGAGCCAUGCAAUAAAAAAUAAUUUUAA